AUGCCAGGUAAAGGGGCCUGUGUGUUGGGACAGGUGCAGCAGUGGCCGACGCAACAACACAACGUCAGUCAAGUCCAAGCUGCAACACCUGAGAAAGAGAAAGGCCAAUCUCACUCAUUUGUGAGUACAUUCGGCCCACCGCUCCCGUCCAGUUUCCGUGGUGAUGCUAUGUUUCUGGACACAAAUCUCGUGGGAGGGUUGCAGCUCCCAAGAUUUGUCAAGACUUCGGAUUUCACUCGCCGCAAAGGCAUUGCGGGGUGUCCAGCUUCGGCAGUGCCUAUUCAUGCUCUGCUACACCACGGGUGGUCUAGCUGGUGGCUGCGAAGAUUAUGCGAUGGAAAAGAAUGUUACUUGGGAAUGUUCAAAGAUGUCGCUGAGGUGGUUUUUGCUCACAGUCUGUUUCAGACGUUGCGAUCCAACCAUGUCUCGCUUGAUGUGAUUGCAGAGCAUGUGUCCCGGCAAGAUGGGCAAGCGGGGGAUCGAACCUGGUGCUCCGGAGUGUUGGCGACCAAGGUUGCAGAGUACAUUCAAUCCUUACAGCCGAAGCAGAGCCAAGAAUCGGAUCGUGUCGCUGCGUUGCAGUCUCAAAUUCAAGAGUUGCAGAAGCAAGUUGCAGCUCAACAAAGAGCAACCCAAACUGUGCAGGCGCCAAGCACAGCGCCAGAGCAACGAGUCGCAGACCAGAGCGGUGCACCUUUGGACCUUGAGCGGCAUGAUACAACCGCCCCUGGGUCAUCAAGCACAACUGACGGAAAGCCACAAGAAAAGAUGCAGUCGAGCUUGACCUCGUUCUUUGCCAAGAACGACACUGAGGGUGGUCCUGCAGCGUCCAAUUCGCCCCAUGAGGCAAACAACUGCGGGGCGCCUGUUGCAGAACCCGCGUUUGGUUCGGUUGAGCAUGUGCAGAAAGUUAUGGACAAGCCCAAGUCCGAGUUCCUGAGUAAAAAGUGGGUGCAGAUGAAGAACGAUCGUGAAGUAAAAGACUGGAUCUCCAAGUUGAAGCUCUCGAAAGCGAAGUCAAACGAGCUACAGAACUGGAUCCAAUCCGUGCAGAGUUGGUUUGAGUCUCUUAGCCCAGGUGCUCAGGCUAAGCUUGACCAUCAGGCUGUCCAGUGGGGAGUGCCCGUUAGAGAGAUCUCCAAGCUCAAGCAAGAGCCGCUUUUGAAGAUCGUCGCAGUAGCUUCUAAGAUGUCACUUUGA